CCCAGAAAAUGGCGAGCUUAAACACUUUUUCAAGGUUGAUAAGUUUACAAAGAUUGAUUAGUGAUAACAACUUUGGCGAGACAAUUCUAGUUGAAUCGUCAAUUUUCGCAAAAUUAAAUUGCAACCAAAAUCUUUUGAGUCAUGCUAGUGAAAGCAUCUCUCGUUUUUUAUUUCCUGUCAUUUUCGUUUAUGAAUUUUCUUUCACCGUCAGUGAUUAUUUGAUUGAACAGAAGUAACUAGUACAACUUUACGUAGUUAUUCUACACAAGAAAAGAAAUACGUACACUUGCCAUAUCACAUGCCAUUUAUAUAACUGCUAUUUUUGCCAAUAACUUUUUAUUGCACUUUGCUGCAUUUCUAAACUACGGGUCUAAUUAUUCAUUUUUGGGGUCCGCAAAUUUUAGGACAUGGCGAAUAUGGUGAGGGAGAUUUUGGCAAGGCCAAUACAAUUAGCAGACCAGGUGAGCAAGGCUGCAAAAGAAGCACAAUGUUUCAAACAAGAUUGCUUGGAGCUCAGGGCCAAGACGGAGAAGCUAGCAGGCCUUUUACGCCACACAGCUCGUGCAAGCAAAGAGCUUUAUGAGCGUCCAACCUGUCGCAUCAUUGCUAACACACAACAAGUCCUUGACAAAGCACUUGCACUCGUUAACAAGUGCCGUGCCAAUGGUAUCUUGAAGAGGGUGUUCACUAUUAUCCCAGCUGCUGCGUUUAGAAAAACGUGCCUGCAGCUCGAGAAUUGUAUUGGGGAUGUGUCGUGGUUGCUUAGAGUGGCUGAUAGGCUUCUGGGUCUUCCUCCAAUUGCAGCCAACGAGCCGAUUCUAUGUCUAAUAUGGGAAAAAAUUGCGGUUCUACACAAUGGGUUGUCAUCGUUAGAGGACCGUGUAGAGGCGGCUGCUUCUUUGGUUUCGUUGGCUCAGGAUAAUGAUCGAUACAGGAAGCUUAUUAUUGAGGAAGGUGGAGUGGCUGGACUUUUGAAGUUGGCUAAAGAAGGAGGAUCUGAAGGUCAGGAGAAUGCUGCCAAGGCUAUUGGUUUGCUGGGACGUGACCCGGACAGCGUCAAACACCUUGUGAAUGCUGGUGUUUGCCUAGUGUUUGUGAAAAUCCUCAAAGAAGGGCACAUGAAAGUUCGGGCUGUGGUGGCUUGGGCAAUGUCAGAACUAGCUGCAAAUCAUCCGAAAUGCCAAGAUCAUUUUGCUCAGAACAAUGCAAUUCGUUGGCUUCUUAGUCAUCUUGAAUUUGACACCAUUCAAGAACAUAGUAAGUAUGCCAUUGCCAGCAAACAACAACAAAUAUCUAUGCAUUCGGUUGUGAUGCCUAGUAUUAGUACUAAUCCGAAUCAAAAUGAUAAAAAGGAACAUGAAGAUGAGGGAGCUAGCAUUAAGGGUGAGAUGAAGGCAAUGGUGGCAAGAGCCCUUUGGCAACUAUGUAAGGGAAAUGUGGCUAUUUGUCAGAACAUCACGGAAUCAAGAGCACUUUUAUGGCUUGCUGUUUUGUUAGAAGAAGGACAUGAUGAGGUUCGAUCCUAUUCUGCCAUGGCAUUAAUGGAGAUCACGUCUGUGGCCGAGCAAAACACAGAGUUAAGGCGCUCGGCUUUCAAGCCCACUUCCCAUACUGCAAAAGUUGUAGUCGAAAAGUUACUUAAUAUUAUAGAGAAAGCCAACUCAGGCCUUCUUGUACCCUGCAUCAAGUCAAUUGGAAACUUGGCUAAGACUUUCCGAGUAAAAGAAACAAGAAUUGUCGGGUCCUUGGUGAGACUGCUUGAUGAAAGUGAACCUGAGGUUUCUAUGGAGGCUGCCAUUGCGCUUAGCAAGUUUGCAAGCCCUGAAAAUUAUCUCCAUGUUGAUCAUUGCAAAGCCAUCAUAGAUGCAGGAGGGGCUGAGCACUUAAUUCAGCUGGUUUACUUUGGUGAGCAAAGGGUACAAAUUUCUGCACUGGUUCUGCUUUGUUACCUUGCAAUGCAUUUACCUGACAGUGAGACACUUGCACAAGAGAAGGUGAUUAUUGUGCUUGAGUGGUCAUCAACGCAGGCUCAUCUGAUCAAAGAACCGUGGAUUGAAUAUCGAUUACACCAAGCCAAAAGUAGGUUGGAACUAUAUCAGUCCAGGGGUUCAAGAGAAUUCCAUUAGUUCAAUUUAAUUCAAAUUGUAACAAUGUUGCUCUGAACUAAUUCAGAAGAAAAAAAAAUUAAAAAAACCUACCAUCUAAAAAAAUUAAAAAGCUAAAAGCAAAAACUUCUGUUUUACUUUUGUCA